GCACUUGAGCCAAUAAUUGCUGUAUUGCUCUGCAAUCUGGUUCACUGUCGGCUGCUUUCAUUACCUGACGAUCGGCAGACAUGAGAGAAUUCUGCAUUUUCGUGAUUUUGAUGUUCCUUAUUUGUACUAUAUCUUCCGCGGAGGACUCCAAGCGAGAGCAGUACAUUCUGGGAGUUUAUGUACUCUGUGAUGAACCCAUGACAAAACAGAUUCAAUACAGCUUUGGACCCAACUUAAAGGAAUAUUUUGAUGCAUUCUUCAACGUGAUCAACUUGAUCUUUCAACAGUUGCCGAGCCCUGACAUUACGUUCAAAGUUGUCUCAGUAGAUAACGCGUUGAAGCUGAAGGACUUGUCGCACAAACACCGAGCUGCAGGACUGAACAGUUCCUGGUUACAACACAUCAAUAUCACAAAUGGUAAACUCGCCUACAAUCAAACGACGAUGCAGUUGUCUGAAUAUUUCAAGAACGCGGGUGAACCCUACAACAACAGCCAAGUUAUCGUCCUUUUCUCAGGGGCGACACUAGUCGUACAACUUGUGGGUCACGAUUACAAGGACAAAAAGUAUGUGGCUGUACAUGAAAACCCAAAGCGCGGAGGAAUAUGCACUGGAAAUAAGAUUGUGAUAACACAGGAUAACGGACUCUUUGCGGGUGUUACGUCCACAGCAAGAAGGCUUGCACGCCUCUUGGGCGCAAAUUAUGACUACAGGGAGACGCCGGAGAACUGCCUAUACAGCUCUGGCAUGCUCAUGGGAGAUAUAGAGAAAAAGGAAACCCAAAAGGAAAACUACAGGAUGUCAGAAUGCACAUUACGUGAUCUGAUGACGUCGCUAGGGAACGAAUCCAAGCGAGAGUGCUUGCCAAAGAACUCAAAACCUCAACCUCAAAAAACCCCAAAAAAACUUCCUGCUCAUCUGUUUAACCCAGACAAGUACUGCGCUCGCGAAUUCAACGGAGAACUCAACAUAGCAGAAUGCACAGACAAAAAAUGGAGCCUAAGUGGCUAUCCAGCAGCAGGCAUGUGCCAGGUACGUUGUUGCUACGGGUCGAUAGGCUCUUGGAGAAGGAAUAUGUUCAAGAUGUACACCAUUGGCGCCCUCGACGGUUAUCGUUGCCAUGCUAACGGAGUGCCAAACGGGAUUUGUGUCAACGGCGCUUGUUGGCAUAGUGACCUCGCAGGAUAGCCAGACAGCACACAAAGGAAACACAUCAGAAGGCUAUCAAAAUCGAAUGAAGAACGCACAAUGUGAGCAAGAACGAUACUUGCUCCGAAAUAAAAUGUUUAAGCAA